CACCAAUGCCUGCUGUUCCGUCUAACUAACUUACCCUGCAAUACCCUUCACCAAUGAUAACACUGACCAAGCACACCAUAAAGGGCUGAAAACUUUCUGAGAUCUUUGCAAGGCAAUCGUCCGAAUGUUUCCACUCCUCGAAAUCUCGGAGAUCGCAGGAUAUACUGGCACCAGCAAGCAUACAAUCCAGUGGAUCGUUCAUUGCUACUACAAGAAAACCGGUCAAGCUUACAACAAGCACAAAAGAGUUGAUCGGCCACGAAGAAUACAAAUAGACGAUGUCAAUUACUUUCAUGCCUGCGUGACUCGCCACCGUGAUACAUACCUGGAUGAAUUGCAGGAGGGUGUGCGGUACACGUCAAAUGUCAAUCCUUCUCUUUCGACGAUCUGGAGAACUCUUCAUAGGACUGGAAAUACAUAUAAAAAGCAACAAAAGCUGUUACAGAGCAAAAUGUCGAUUUUCACAAACAGCAAUAAAUCCAGCCGUUAUCGACUCGGAUACCUAUACCUACUACAGCAGAAACGCUCAUAAUGCAUAAUGCAUAAUAAUUCAUAACAAAUUAGAAUACAAUGACUUUUGGCACAAAAAGUGAUCCAU